UUAUAACCUCAACAUACAGAUUAUUAUUAGAUUCAAAUAAUUCAUCAAAAUGAAUUAUUUAGAAGAGAAAAAAAUAGAAAUAAGGAAUAAAUUAGAGAAUGAGCAGCUGAACCUUUCCAUUUUGGAGGAGAAAAUUUCCAAAAGUGCUCAAAUAACUAAAGGAAUUGAAACAAUUUUAAACACAUUUGAACAACGGUUAUCAAAAUUAGAAGACACGAUCCUUCCUGUUUAUAAUGAAACGGAAUAUUUGCAGAAAUGUCAGUACAACAUUGAUAGAACUUUGCAGGCUCUAGAUAAUGUAAUUGGAUAUUAUGAUGUGUCAGCUUCAGUAGAAGAUGUGAUUGAGAAAGGACCUGGGGUUGUUACUGAAGGGGGCGUUCCCUUAGAUACUUAUUUAGCAUCAUUAAAUAGACUUGCAAGAGCUCAAAAGUAUUUUGAAAAACAUAUUCCACAGAGCGUCGAACUGGAGAAUGUGGCAACACUGUUCAAUAAAGGAAGUGAUAAACUAAAUUCUGAAUUCAAAUCUAUUUUAGACAAGUACAAUAAACCCGUUCUACCAGCUACUGUAUUAAGUUUAAUUGGUAGCGAUGAUGAUACAUCAAAUGAAGAUGUCCCAUCUCCACCGCCCCAAAUACCCGACACUUCUAAGAAAGAACUAACAAAAAUGGCAGACUGGUUGUUGGAUCAUGACAGAGAUGAGUUCUUAACUGUUUAUGGUAAAGUGAGAGGUGGGGUACUUCAAAGAUCACUUACACUUUUAAGAAAUCAUCAAAGAUCUGCUAGUGGAGGAAGCACUUACGGGUUUACAAGUUCACCUAUGAUGCGCCAGAAGUUUCAAAACAGACACGAGGCGUCUAGGAAACCGUCUACAAGAAGAUUACAACACGUUUUCGAAAGAAAAGCCAAUCGUAUGCUAUUGAGGGCCUCCCAAACGAUAGAACAUUCCACAGGAUUAAAUUUGGGGUCGAGAAGGUCAUCAUCACAUUUAGAUCCAUCCUACAGUGGAGAAGAGGUGGACAAUGAACAGGAAAUGGAAAACUAUUUAGUUUGUGUAGUUGCUUUACAUAAAUUGAUGCAACUGGAGCAUUCUCUGAUGAAGGGCAUUAUAACACCCACCCAUCAACCCCGAGUAUUCGAACUUAUUGUCAGGGAAUCAAUGGAUGCGGUGGUGCAGGAUGGAGAGAACAUAGCAACUAGAGCAAAACGAUGCAUAAGCAGGCAUGAUUUUGGUUCAGUUUUGGUUAUUUUUCCGAUUCUGAAGCAACUUAUGAUGUUAAAACCGGAAUUUGAAAGAACCGUUGAAGAAUGCGAUCCCAACGUACGAUCUAAAUUUGAUUCAAUUUUGAAUACUCUCCAUUCUACAGCUGCAAAAGCUUUGGAAGAUUUCGUUGAAAGUCUACGUCUUGAUUCUGUGACUCAGUUUCCCAAAGACGGCACUGUUCAUGAAUUAACGAGUAACGUGCUGAUAUUUUUGGAACAUCUACUCGAUUAUAUCGACACGUUAGGUUUGGUUUUGGGGGAUGACCCGAGUUAUUGUAUGCAACUGGACAAACUACGCAAUGUCGAUAAGAACAAGGCUUUAUUGGGACUUUACAUAAAAAAGGUUUUGGUACAAUUAAAUCAUACUCUACUAAGCAAGAGCGAACAGUAUGGAGACAUUGCCCUAAAAUCUAUCUUCCGAUUAAACAACAACAAUUAUGUUUUGAAAUCCUUGCAAAGAAGUAAACUGUUGGAACUAUAUAGAAUAGCCGAGCCUAAAUGUGAACAAUACUAUUAUAAUUCGAUUCAAGAACACAAAAAGGCUUAUUCACAAAGUUGGACAAAGUUGUUAAGUUACAUUUGGAGUUCAGACGACCAACCCAUCGCAUUAAUGCACGGAGACAAAAUGAGAGACAAAGAAAAGGCUGUUAUUAAAGAAAAAUUUUCGGAAUUGGAGGAAAUAGCAAAAGUUCAAAGGAGUUACUCCAUCCCUGACAUUGAAUUGAGAGAAAGUUUAAAAAGGGAUAAUAAGGAAUAUAUUAUCCCAAAAUAUAAUGCGUUCUACGAAAUGUAUUCAUUGCUACCGUUUUCAAAAAAUCCAGAAAAAUAUGUCAAAUAUAAACCCGACGAAGUGUCUGCAAUGAUAGACCGAUUUUUUGAUGUUGCGGCUUAAUGCAGACAACAAAUUUAUCUAAAACUUACGUAAUUUUAUUUAACAAUAAAUAGUCAACAUUUAAUAUUU